AUGGCAAAAGGUUCAGCUUUAGCAUCCAUCCAAAUUUCCCUUGUGCUAUUACUAGCAAUCUUUGUUUGUUCAGAAGCUGAUCUUCUUGACCCUUACUACUGCUGCCGUGGAAAGGAGACCAAGAUUACUGUGUACCUUCAAUUGUUUACGGGCGGACCAAAAACCACCAGUGUUGCAGUUGCCGGCGCCCCUGGUAGGCCCAGAACUCUCUCCGAAUUUGGAACCAUUUUUGUUAAUGAUGCUAACAUGACAGAAGGCAUCAGCUACAGAUCUCCAACUAUUGGUCGAGCCCAAGGCCUUUAUAUAGUUUCAGCCCGGAAUGGAAACAGCUCACAGGGCAUAUUUUCCUUCAUUUUCUCCAACUCACAAUACAACGGUAGCACAUUGGAAUUCCAAGGACCAGGAUUUAACUUACAAACAGGUGGUCCGACGAGUGAAAUUCCAGUAAUUGGUGGCACCAAAAAGUUUAGGCUUGCUCGGGGAUAUGGACUUUUUAAGAUUGUUCGACAAAAUCUGUCACUGAAUAAUACGGUUAUAAUGGGCAAUAUUACCGUAGUGUCCAAUAAUAAGUUUGAAUAA